AUGAGGAGUAUCUUAUUUUCGAGGGACAACCGUCCUUCGACGAGUGAGCGUAAUAGCACCGUACCGCCGUUCCCGAGACGGCAAAUGCUAGUCCUAGCAAUCUGUCGAAUAUGCGAGCCAAUUGCUUUCAUGGGCAUAUUUCCGUACAUCUACUUUAUGAUCGAGGACUUUCACAUCACCGAAGAUAAGAGUAGAAUCUCAUUUUACGCCGGCAUGGUCACAUCAGCCUUCACCUUUGCUGAAUUCUCGACGGGUCUUUUAUGGGGACGUCUAAGUGACAAAAUUGGAAGGAAGCCGGUCUUACUCACGGGUCUCAUCGGUACCGCGAUUAGCGUCUUGAUAUUCGGUUUCGCCCCUAACCUGACAGUUGCUCUCAUUGCUCGAGCCGUUGGAGGACUUCUGAACGGAAAUAUGGGCGUACUUCAGACAACCGUGGCCGAAUUGGUGACCUCCAAGGAGCAUCAGCCUCGAGCUUAUACCAUAAUGCCCGUCGUGUGGUGCCUUGGAUCGAUCAUCGGUCCAAUGAUCGGCGGCGCGCUCGCUAGGCCAUGUAUCAGUUAUCCGAGUCUGUUCCCGCCUGGAACUAUUUGGGAUAGAUAUCCUUAUCUGCUUCCCAAUCUCUUCAGCGCUUUCAUCGUACUCAUUGGAGUUAUCAACGGAAUCUUAUUUCUCGAGGAAACCCACGCCGAGAAGAAAUUAAAGCCGGAUCGCGGACUAGCGCUUGGAAAUUGGAUUAUUUCGUGCUUACCGGUAUUUCGGAAUUGCGCCGAGCCGAGAGAUGAGAAGUCGAAGAUGGCCGAGAUGGAAGCCCAGCCGCUCCUGGAUCACGAUGAGCAGUUGCCCGGUUAUCAGACGAACGAAAACUCGCCUGAAAACUCACCACGCCUUAGGUCCGCCUCUGUUCCUUCAAUUUCAUGGGACUCGCUCGAACUCGAAAGUGGACGUGGAGACUUGAACCUUGGAAUGUCCAAAAUUUUCACUCGACCAGUAGUCCUGAACAUUAUCUCGUUCGGAAUCUUAGCCUUUCACACGAUGACUUUUGAUCAACUAUUCCCGGUAUUCUUGAGCACUGCUCCGCCAGAUCAUCCCAUGCCCGUUAAGCUACCUUUCAAGUUUGUUGAUGGCUUCGGUCUCGACAGUAAAACAGUCGGUAUCGUUCUAAGCGCCCAAGGAGCUUAUCAGUUGGUUGUCAACAUGUUCAUCAUCCCGCCAGUUUUGAAACACUUUGGGGCCCGCCGUCUAUUCCGCUUUCUAGUUCUCGCCUACUUUUCACUCUACCUAAUUACGCCAUAUCUGGUGCUCUUGCCCGAGAAAUACCGCAUGAUAGGAGUUGGAAUGGUGUUGGUUUGGAAAUGCACAUUUGCGAGCAUGGCAUAUCCGAGCAACGCUAUCUUAACCGCAGAUUCAGCACCCAGCCACUUAGCCCUCGGCACCAUCAACGGCGUGGCAGCAUCGACAGCGAGCUUAUGCCGUGCGUUCGGCCCAACGAUUUCCGGGAUUCUCUACGCUAUUGGUUUAAAGACAGGCUACUCGGGAUUGGCGUGGUGGUGCAGUGCUUUCGUAGCCAUUGGUGGAGCAAUCGUGGGACUCCAAAUUCAAGAAUUACCAAGUCGUGCCGACAAACCGACACCCGCUAGCAACACAGAAAAUGGUCAACCCGAAGAUACCCAGACCGAAUAUCGUAAAAGCUCAUAA